UUUAGGCAAAUUAGGUUAGGUCCAACAUAACAUAACAUAGGAACAAUAUCCAAGACCAAUAGCAUAUCCACCCACCGCUUUGGCUCUCUUUCUGAGAUAGUAUAACAGAAUUGUUCUAGUGAAGUGGACGCGAAGAAACGAAGCUUCCAAUCUUCAUACCAUAUAUUAUGCCAAUUGUCUCCUUUAAUAUUGUCCAUUUCUACUACACAUUACUAACUACUACUUAUAACCAACCUAAUUAUCUCAUUCUUCUCUCUAUCUCUAUCUUCUAACACAAAGAUGAAUAAGAAUAAAGAGGGUGUGAUGCUGCUCACCAGAAAUACAGAGAUAGACACAAGGGCGCCAUUCAGGUCCGUCAAAGAGGCUGUUACAUUAUUCGGUGAUAAAGUUUUAGCUGGAGAGCUCUAUGCAACUGCAACCAAACUCAAACACCAGAUUCACAAUGGAGCAAAUGAAAAUGGGGUUGAUCAGUCUUCAAGGGUUGAAAACGUUACAGCUGAGCUGGAGGAGACACGAGAAAAUCUAGAGAAAGCUAAAGAAGAAAGCAUGUUGAUGGCACAUUGUAUGUCAUCUCUUCAGGAAGAACUCGAACGCACGAAGCAAGAGCUCGAACAAUUGAAGCAACGUGAAACUGAAAAACAUCAAGUGGAAUCAUCAGAAACUGAAGACGUGAAGUUUGUUGAGAAUUUAACAACCUUUGAAGUGAAAAGUUCAAGAUUUGAUGAAGAAUUAAUGAUGGAGUUUCAAAAGAAAAGGUAUGUGACGUUCGCGAAUCCACCGUCUGUUUCUCAUGUGAUGUUACCUCAAGGUGUUGAGAAGUUGGAAAGGCACCCUUCUCUUAGGAAGAAGAAGAAGAAGUCAUUGAUUCCACUUAUAGGAGGUAUUUUUUCAAGGAAAAAGGGAACUAGCCAAGAAGUUCCAUGAUGAGUGACGAGUUUGUAUGAAUUUUAGCGAGUAUAAGUAUGCUAUAUGCAUCACAUUACCAGAAUAAUUACCUAACCGGGUUUUGUAUUCAAGUUUCUUUUCUUUUUGAAACGAGUAUAUUUUUGUUUUGUUUUCGUGUGUCAUAUGUAUCUAACUGCCUCUAAUAAUAUUGUGUAAAAUGUAGUUGAACUUUGUGAGUUGA